GACAACUUCAAUACACAUAUCGGAUAUUGGAUGUGUCAAAACGUGUCAAAUACUCCUGCAAACAGAGUAACCAAACAACACGCGAUGAUCACCAUCGCCAAGAUGCUUUUACUUUUAUCUAAAUCGUAAUAGUCGACACUAAAAAUCCGGAAAAUGCGCUGGAGAUUCGGUGGGCAUUUCGAGCCUGUUUUGACGACCUGUGCAUUAGAUUGGUUGGAAUGUCCUUUUGCCCUAGCUGAUUACAUUUGGUCUGAGGUUGUGACAGACGUUGCCGAGUGCUUAGCAAAUGAGGCGAUACUCUGGAGGUUCUUAAAGAUUUUAGCACUUUUGUUGAUAUGUACAACUGUGGUUCAUUUAAUCUACUGGCAAGUGCGAUGGACGAAAGAGAUCCAAAGAAAUAAUCAAAAUCUUAAACAAGUUGGUUAUAAAGUCCAGGAUCUUGAGUUGAAAGUAAACAUUCUUACGUACAAAGCUCAGUAUGGUACUUGGCCGCUACCAAAUUUAUCAAAAACAAGCGCAAAGUGCGACUCACAGACUACGGAAAUUAGUCGUUCUCAAUUUGGCAAAGAAAACUCUUGGAUCAAGAAUCUUUUAACUAGAAAGAGGAAUACAAAGGAAAUAAACAAUGUCAAUUCAACUGGAUACCAAACGUACAUGGAUACAGAAAUAUCUCAAUCUGAAGCAGAAUUUUCGGAUAAUGUGUCAACAGAUGUCACGAUACUCUCGAGUUCCUUAGCACCAACAUGGAAAGAUCAAAUAGUCACUUCUUCUCCCAGCGAGGUAGAGGUACAAAGUGAUACGCGUAAAACGCUCUAUGAAGUGAAAAGAAGAUUAGAAAAUCUUCAUUUUUCUCUGAAGAGCUACACGUUGAGAGAUUGGGCAGUAGCGGCUCAUACAAAUUCAUAUCAAGGACGCGGCAAUAAUGGCCGUGGUUACAAUGACUUGAUUAGCAGGAAGCGCAAAAAUAAUUGCAAUACUUCCAUUGACUUGAGGAAAAGUAUCAAAAAGCAUAAUGUGUCGGACUUAAUUGCCAUGUAUGCCGCUUAUAACGCAAUGAUCCUGGAUAGAGAUAAGCCUAGACAGUUUGCUUCACACCCAUCAAACGAUGAGCAGUCGUCAAUUGCAAAUGCGAUGAAAUGUAACAGAGACGAAAAUAAUGUCAGUAAGAAAGAUGGCGAAUCCAAUAUAUCAAAAGAACUGAGUGCGUACAAGAAUGGCGUGAAUAAAAGUAUAUUACACAGCAAUGUUACCACGGGGGCCAAAACGAUGGAAAUGCACAAGGGCAAUGGAGAUUCCGAAUAUUUUUCUGAGAAAUCAGCAUCGUCAAAGAAUAAUGACGAAAUUUCAGUCGUUUCGGAAAAAUCGAGUGUGGACGACACGUCCAAGGAAAGCGACUCUGAUGAUAGAUCAACGAGUGCACUUUUAGAAGAAGCUCUAAGAAUAAAAAGAGACCUUUUAUUACGGAUAGAGCUGCGAAAAAAGUAUGAGUUGGAAGUUCAAGAAUCUAACGCAGACAAGAAAACUGAUGAGUGUACGUAUUGGGAGAGAAUAGAGAAUCCAUUUGAACCCAAAAUGCUUGAUAUGAUCUCUGAAGAAGCGAGUGACAGUAGUUCAACAAAUAGAGAAAGUAAGAUAAAUGUUUAUGAAACAUUAGAAAAAUGCGCUAACGCGCAAGAAGUAAAACUUAACGUCUGCAACAAAGAUCACCUAGAAGAAGAUAAAAGCAAAUUUUCUGAAAAUGAAAUUACGAUAGCCGAUGACGUUAGCAUUAAUUUGUUGAAUGGCAAAAGUCAAAAUUUGAGCAUGGCUAAUGAGGAGAAUGUCCAAGAAAAUUCAAAUUCCGUCUUUCAAACUGAACCGGUUUCAAAAGAUGACGAAAACCAAAUUAUAGAAACAUUGAAUUUGGUAAGUGAAUUGAAUUCAAGUAAACUAACUGAAUCAUCCAGUGAUACGAGUGUAAAUAGAUUAAUCGAUAGACUAAUCGAAAGUGAAAGACGGAGUAAAUCUGCGCGUAGUUCAUCGGAUUCAAAAUCCAAAAAGAAUGUUUCAAUGGAUUCUAUAAAUAGCCUCAUCGAUAAUUGCGAUUCUAUAGAACCUGCUCAGUCAGAAAAUGAAGAAUCUAAUAAAUGUCCACAGAUGCCUAAUACAGAAGCUGACGAUGUCGAUAAUAUUGCUGUCGUACAAAGUUUACCUUCUGAGGAUGCUGAAAAUCAUAAUAUACUGGGAGAAACUAUGCUGAAAAAAGCUGAUGAUAAGAAAAAUGGAAUAGAUGAAAAGAAGACAAAUACCAUUGCUGAAGUAGAUACACAAAAUUUUGAAACCGAGUGUGCCAAUAAUCUUGAAUCAAAAGAUAACAAAAUCUGCAGUAGCUCCGUGGAUGAGAAAGCUUGUGUCGAGCUACUCAUGUUUGAAAAUGAUGAAUUUUUGAGAAAACAAGUUCCUGUUGACGAACUAAUUAAUGUUAAGUCUCUGAUAGAAGAAAUCAACGAAAAAAAUACGAUCGAAAGUAUCGAAAAAAAAUCUUUGUCAUCUGCUGACAAUAAUCCAACAGUUGUACAAGUACCAAAUAGUACACUUUAUACUCCUUCUUUACAAAAUGCAGAGCACAGUGUGACUAAAAUCCAGAAAAAUAUAAACUCAAUUACACAUCAAAAGCAAUCUCCGAAAAAUGUCAAUGAUUUUAGAAGUUAUAGACAUAUUAGAACGAAAAGUAAUUUAAAUUUAUCAUCAACUGAGAAACAAAGUUUUUCACCAAUGCUUAGACGAUCAAGAUCUUAUGCUACUCCACGUGAAAUUUUUUCAAACAAUAAAAGUAAUCCUAAAGGGGAAGCACCUUCUGAUUCACUUACAUCUUCAAGUAAAUCAUCAUCAAUAUCGCACACGCCCAGAGAACAUAAAUAUAGUGACGAAGAUAAUGUCGAACUUGAAGAGACGAAAAAUUGCCCAUUUGAAUCGCUAGAUGUUUCUAGCAAAUCAUCUCUAAAAACUUAUUUCGAAAUUAUGACGGUCGAAGACGAAAGUAUACCGGAGAUUAAAAGAGAUGACCCUUAUAAAUCUCUUUCUAGUCGAUCAUCAAAAUCACAAAUCAUGGCAUCUCUAAGAGAACCAACUGAGAAUCGUAACAGCAAAGCUGAUAUAGAAAGAAAAUCUUCAUUAGAAUCAUUAAUUUUAUCGAGUAAAUCAUCUUCUAAGUCUUGUAUACCAAUACUAAAAAAUAGAUUAGAAUCUACGAAAAAAAAUAUAAGUGAAUCGCGCUCGAGCUUAAUACAAGAACCUUUAGCUAAUACCUUAGAUAGUUACAGAAUAGAAAAUGAAAAAUUAAAUGCAGAGUUGCAGAAUUUUAAUAAUUGCAAACAAGAAACGACGGUUUAUGUGAAUGUAACGAAUGAAGACGACGAAAUUACUAGCAAAGUGCUUAAUCCAGAACAAUUUUUCGAGUAUAUUAAGAAUAAAGAAAUUGAACUCAAAAAUGUUAUGAAUGAAGAAAAAAUCAAUACGUCAAUUAUGGACAACAAUCAUUUAAUGAUUUUGUCUGAUUGCAAAGUGGCCACUUUAAUACCUUCAUCGUCGGGAAAUAUCGAUUCUACGGAUGUCAGUUCAUUAGACUCUAGUUCGUGUCAAUUACAAAACGACCAACCUCAAGCGUGGCCAUGUAAAGUUGACAGUAAGGAAACAGAGGUUUUAGUUAAACCUUCGACGUUAGACAUCAGUACUUCUAUAACAGAUAUACAUAAUACUUUUUUUACAGUCGAAAAUAAUGAAAUUAAUGAAUUAAAAAUAUUUGAGAUUCCUGAAGAAAUAACUAAACAAGAUUAUAUUACAUUCUUGCAAAUGAUGAAUGAAAAUCCAGUGCUUAGUCAAUUACCGAAUGUAAAAGAGUCAAGUACGUAAGUAAUAAAUUGAAACCAAAUUCGGAACAAAGAAUUUUUUGAGAAUUUUGACACACUCGUCGGCAGUUAAUGUAUUUUGUUACUAGUAUUUAUUAUGCGAUCUAUAUAUUUUAUUUUGUAUCCACUUGUGUACCAAAUAAAUCAUUAUUUAUAUUAAAAAAA